AUAUUCCCUCAAGAAAAUUAAAAAAAUUAGGUACGCGACCUCACCCCCUUCCCUGGUAGGGUUCCUCUCUCUCUCUCUCUCUCUCUCUCUCUCUCUAAAUCCAAACCCAUUCCAUCUUCAGUCUCUGCCAUGACCUAAUACACAUAUCUCCGAGCAAUUCUCAAAGUGUUAUCAAGUCAUCGUUUGCGUUUUUCUUCUCCUUCAUGGAUGGGUUUGGUUCUGCUGCUACUCCCACCCCCGGCGAUCAUAAACAAUUCGGAAAUGUUUCCAAAGAAGAUGAAGUAUUUGAUGCAUCACAAUAUGCAUUCUUUGGUAAAGAUGCUGCUGAGGAAGUAGAGUUGGGGGGAUUAGAAGAUUAUGAUGACCAUAUGCCUAUGCCUGCUGUUGAGUUCAAUGAGGAAGAUUUCUUUCUCAAUAAAGAAGAGGCGGAGGAUGUAAGAUCUCUUUCCGAUAUUGAUGAUCUCACUACAACUUUUUUAAAGUUGAACAAGGUUGUUAGUGGACCUAGAAGUGCAGGAGUUAUUGGUGAUCGAGGAUCAAGAGAAAAUUCCUCUGCCUCUGAAUGGUCACAAAGGGAUGAUGUUCCUUACUGGUCUGAUCAGCAUGCUUAUGACAGUGAAGGGCAAGGCACUCGGGAUGGCAAAAGAUGGUCAUCUCAUCCCCAUUCUUCUCUAACUCAGCUUCAAGACUCAAGGCCCUUGUACAGAACAUCUUCAUAUCCUGAGCAGCAACGGCAGCUGCAACACCACCUCCAACAUUGCUCUAGUGAACCUGUUCCUAACUGGUUUGAUCAGCAUUUUUAUGAUAGUGAAACUACUGAGGAUGGAAAGAGAUGGUCAUCACAACCACAUUUCCCCAUUGCACACAUACAAGAAUCAAAGCCCCUGUAUAGAACAUCUUCAUAUCCUGACAAGAGACAGGAACUUACUCGUUUUUCUAGUGAACCGAUUUUAGUACCAAAAUCUUCAUUUACUUCUUAUCCUCCCCCUGGUGGUCAGUCCCAACAGUCUUCUCCAAAUCACAGUACAGGUCACUUGAACAUUCUUUAUCAUGCUGGUGGGGCUCAUAUGGCUUUGCCAUCACAAAAUCGCUCUCCUUUCUUCAAUUCUGCUCUACAGUUGAGUGGAUCAAAACAUGAUUCACAUUUUAGUGGACACAUGCGCCAAUUUACAACUGGCUCCUCUCUUAAUCAUCAAAUACAGAAUCCCUGGGUUCACCAAACAGGAUUGUAUUCUGGAGAUCAUCCAAAUCUCCUGACUAAUAUGUUGCAGCAACAAUUACCUCAUCACAGCAGAUCAGUAUCACCUCACUUAUUGACCCAAUUGCAGCAACAACAGCACAGAUUGCAUCAUCCUGUUCAGCAAUCAGCAGGCUACAUGUCAGGUUACCAGUCCCAUUUAUUUAGCCCCCAGAUUUCAUCUGCAUCGUCCAUAGUUAGCAAAUCUGAACACAUGCUUGGUCUUGUUGAUGUUAGAGAACAUAGAUCAAAAUCAACACAUAAGGGUAAACAUAGUCAUCGUUUCUGCCAACAGGGUUCUGAUGCCAGCAGCCAGAAAAGUGAAAGUGGUUCAUUACAGUUUAGGUCCAAGUACAUGACUAGUGAUGAAAUAGAGAGUAUUCUUAAAAUGCAGCUUGCUGUGACUCAUUGCAAUGACCCCUAUGUUGAUGACUAUUACCACCAAGCUUGUCUUGCUAAAAAUCCUGGGGCUAAGUUGAAACAUUCAUUUUGCCCAACCCAAAUAAAGGAGCUUCCUCCUCGGGCCCGUUCCAAUUCUGAGUCACAUGGUUGUCUUCAGGUCGAUGCUUUAGGGAGGGUUUCAUUCCUGGCUAUUCGGCAGUCUCGUGCUCUUCUUGAAGUUGAUCCUCCAAACUCUUCUGUUAGUGGUAGCUCUGAGAGAAAUAUUUCAGAGAAGCCCCUUGAACAGGAGCCUUUGUUUGCAGCCAGGGUCUCAAUUGAGGAUGGUCUAUGUCUUCUUCUUGAUGUAGAUGAUAUCGAUCGCUUUCUACAGUGUAAUCAGCUUCAAGAUGGUGGAACUCAAUUAAGACGAAGACGGAAGGUCCUUUUGGAAGGACUAGCAACAUCACUCCAACUUGUUGACCCACUGGGAAAGAAUGGACACAAAGUUGGACUUGGUGCUAAAGAUGAUGUUGUUUUCUUACGACUGGUAUCUCUACCCAAAGGGCGUAAACUCCUAGCAAAGUAUCUUCAGUUACUUGUUCCUGGUAGUGAGCUUAUGCGGAUAGUCUGCAUGACCAUAUUUCGACAUUUGAGAUUCUUAUUUGGCAGCCUCCCUUCUGAUCCUGCUGCUGGGGAGACUACAAGUGACCUUGCUAAGGUUGUUUCUCAAUGUGUCCAAGGAAUGGAUCUUGGUGCUUUGGGUGCUUGCCUUGCAGCAGUGGUUUGCUCUGCAGAGCAGCCUCCUCUACGCCCCCUUGGAAGCACUACUGGUGAUGGUGCUUCACGUGUUUUAGUAUCUGUUCUUGACAGGGCUACUGAACUUUUAACUGAUUCCCAUGGUGCUUGCAGCUAUAACAAUGGUAAUCGUUCAUUUUGGCAAGCCUCAUUUGAUGAAUUUUUUGGUCUUCUCACUAAGUAUUGCAUGAAUAAGUACCAUAGUAUCAUGCAAUCACUGCUUGUUCAAGGGACACCAAAUGUAGCUGCAAUUGGAUCAGAUGCUGCUAAAGCAAUUAGUAGGGACAUGCCUGUGGAACUCUUACGAGCAAGUCUUCCUCACACCGAUGACCACCAGAGGAAGUUAUUACUGGAUUUUGCUCAGCGCUCUGUGCCUGUGGUUGGAUUUAACAGUUAUACUGGGAGCAGCGGUGGUCAUGUGAACUCAGAGACAGUGCUAAGUUGAUAGAUAAUUGGGGAGAAGUUCUCCCAAUUAUACUGGUUUGUGUUGAAGGUCACAUGUACUUAAGUACAUUUGGAGCAAUCUGAAGUAGAAGUGCAAGUUGCUUCUAUGGCAGAGGUUUCUGCCUCUCUUGUAACUUAUCAUGAUGCCGAAACAAUGUGUAGCAUUGUGAUAUAUUUGCAAUCAGGCUCUUCGUGUAUUGUGAUAUACUAGCUUGAUCUGUUCCUCUCGUCUUUUUUUUUUUUCUCAUGACAGGGGAGCUUAUUUUGUUACUGUGUGGCUGAUAGAAACUCUGUAGUAGUUAUCCUGUACAGAUUUAGGCACAUAUUUGAUUCCCAUGUUUCCUUUCUAUAUAUACAAGGCGUGAGGUGGGUUGUAUCAAAUACAUCAAGGUUCUGUUACUAAAUACAUGUCAACAAUACAAAAUGUUGUUCCGAUCUUCUAC